AAAUAACCCAAAUCAGAAAGUUAUAGAGUUCACAAACUAUGGUAUAGAUCUGAAUAUUGAUCAAUCCUGAAGUACUGACAGCCAAUCUAAUUUCUUGAGGUCCAAAAAGAACAGUGUCAGAACAGUACAGAUAUCCCCCAAAUGUCAGGACAGGACAGAUAUCCCCAAAUGUCAGAACAGUAUGGAUAUCCCCCAAAUGUCAGGACAGGACAGAUAUCCCCCAAAUCCCCCCAAAUGUCAGGACAGUACAGAUAUCCCCCAAAUGUCAGAACGGUACAGAUAUCCCCCAAAUGUCAGAAUGGUACAGAUAUCCCCCAAAUGUCAGGA